CCAACGCUGCAGUUCUUUUUCCGGUCAGGACGCCGGAAGUGGUCGUCUCCGUUGGAAACACGGCCUAACGAGGUGGUUGGAGCCAAGUUGGAGUAGGGUGAGAAGCGGGGGAAAAGAUGGGUCGUAGGAAAUCAAAGCGGAAGCCUCCACCCAAGAAAAAGAUGACUGGGACACUUGAGACCCAGUUUACUUGUCCGUUCUGUAACCACGAGAAAUCCUGUGAUGUUAAAAUGGACCGAGCUCGGAAUACUGGUGUUAUAUCCUGUACUGUGUGUCUGGAAGAAUUUCAGACCCCUAUAACCUAUCUUUCGGAACCAGUGGACGUUUACAGUGAUUGGAUAGAUGCUUGUGAGGCAGCCAAUCAGUAGCAACAAUUGGAGAAGAAUCUGCCCGACGUUGACAAACCUACAUUUGGGGGGAGGGUGGAAGGGUGUGUGUGUUAUAUAAUGCAUUGUUACACAAUGCAUAGAAGAUACAACUGGAGUAGUUGGGAAAUGAUGGCUUUUGUGCUGUUUGUUUCUAUUCGGUAAUCUUGUCCCAUUACAUGUCUUUUGAGAGACUUUGCCUCUGGAAUUAAGGGACUAAAGACUGUCAGUAGGACCUAGAAGAAUUGGAAAGACUAGUAGAUUUGUGAUCUGCUGCCUGGCCAUUGGAAAUCGUGCUGUACCAGACUGCAUUGGCUAUGGUCCGUCACAUGUUGCUUCUCAAUUUAUAGAAAAGAUUUCAUUACAGCUUGGUUCUCAGUGAUAUUCCUUGGAAUGUUGUGCUUCUUUGUGGCCAUGAUUGAACUUCUGUGUUUAGCAAGAAGGGAUACACAGACUAUAAGAGGAAAUCCUCUCCUGAUCCCAUAAUUCUUUGACAUUCGAUCAUUGGGGCAACUUAGCUCUUGAUUGGUUGUCUUCAUUUAGGAAAGAUCACAGUUGUGCUACUCCUGACAAUGCCAGAAGAAUAUCAUACAGUCAUUUCCCUAUCAACUUGUCUUUUCCUUUUUCUGUGCACAUUUGUGUGCAGGAAGUUUCUUAUUUUUGUACUAUGCAACAGGGAAAGUAGAACUCCUCAGACUGUCUUUGGUCUCUGCAUGGUGCAAUGAAAUUGCCUGCAGUUCCUCUUUGAUUUUAUUUUUCCAGAAGGGACUGUAUCAAAUGAAGAUAAUGUUCUUUUAUUUGGAAUUACUUAUUCAGAAGCUAAUUGUUUCCGUGACUAGGUCCUCUGUGUCACUGGGUAUGGGAUUUUGAGACUUCUAUCAUGGCAUAAUAAAUGUUUGUUCAGAGGAACAAGCCAGUCUGCAUUUUGGAAAAAUUGUGCCAUCUUUUGACAAAUAGGUGCUUGUAUUAUGUACAUAAGUGGAGUUGAAUAGUCUAUUAUAAAAAAAAUCCUUCAUCUUGUAUGUGUGAUUUUUUUUUACUUCCUUUGCAGUGCACUACAACUUACUCAGUGAUCAUAUACCCUGCCAGUUUGACUUACCUGUUCUUACCAGGCUUGUUUCCUAAUAUUAGUGUACCCACGAAUGCCUAGAUCCCAGCAUCUUCGGCAUAUAUGAAUGGCAAGCUCUGAAGAUCUCAACAUGGGGAUGGGUGGGAAUGAAGGUAUAAUGCUGAAUUUGGAAAUCCAUUCCCAGCUUUCCUCAGUAUUAUGGAGAGGGCCUUGAUCUGCUUCCUGAUGGUUAUUCUGAGAUCCCAGCUGCUGUUCUGUCAACUCUCAUCCAUAAAAUCCAAGGCAGGAUGAAUUCUGUGCUCCCUUGGAAAACAGAUCCCUAUAUAUUUAUAUGUAGAUAAUGGCCAAGGAAUCAGUAACUGACAUCUUGUUUUCAGUGUAUUUAAGGAACUUCUGCUGCAAUAAAUACCCCUUAUAAAUAAAGGCUAUGCUGGAAAAGUG